GCGAUUUGGUGCUCUCUCCCUUGCGAUCAUUAAAAAAAAAAAAAGAAAACAGUUUAGGGUUUGUGGCGAUCUUCCCAUCUUGCAGGACUCUUCUGGUCUUGGUUUCUGGCUGUUAAGACUAGCUAGGCAAGUAUGUCUAGCAAGAAGGAAGAGAAAGCACAAGCUGCAGCUGAGCGAAUCAAGGCAGCGGCGCUAUCAGCUGCAAAGGGUCUUAGCCGUGCUCAAGCUGAGCGGGCAGCUGCAGCAGCUGCACGAAAUGUAAAUGCUUACGGACAAAAGGAAGAAGGGCCAAGCCGAUGGCAGGAAAGGAAAGAAGCAAAGCGGCAGAUGUAUCUUAUGAGUACAGAGAAAGCUGUGAAAUUGGGAGAGAGGAAGGAUCUAAAGGCAUCAGUUUCCUCUGCUGGUGGUGCAUCUGCUCAAUGUCAGAAGUGUUUCCAGGCUGACCAUUGGACAUAUGAGUGCAGGAAUGAACGGGUCUACAUGUCGCGCCCCUCAAGGACACAGCAGCUCAAGAACCCAAAGUUGAAGAUGAAGCUCUCAGUCUCCUAUGAAUUAGACAACCCUGAUAUGGGGAAGGAGCCACAAGAUGAAAGGAGUCAGAAGAAAGCGAAGGGCGAAAGAAGCAGGACAAAGAGCAAGAGGAAACACCGAUCAGGUAGUGAUACGGAGAACGACAGCAGUGAGGCUUCUGUUUUUGAGACAGAUAGUGAGUCUUCAGUGACUGAGUCCGACUACUCUUCUGCUGAGAGUAGCUCAAGCUACAGUUCAUCAGAUUCAGAGGAGCGCCGGAAGAGGAGGAGGAGAAGGAAGCAGAAGAAGAGAAGGCAUAAGAGAUACACAUCAUCCUCUGGUUCUUCUGAAUCUGAGUCAGCUUCUGAUAGUGAUUCAGAUGACAAGUACAGCAGGCAGAAGAAUAGAAAGCACAGCCAUAGGCAUUAGGCUGUUUCAGAGGGAAACGGUGUCUUUUUGCUAAUUCCUAUCCAUAAUAUUUCAAAACUAGUAUGUGUCAUUGUGUUCUGACUAAUUUGGACCUUUAGGUUUUUUGGUGAGCUAGUUUCUGGGUCCAAAUUCAUGUAUGUUCUGACAAUUAUGGAUGCUUGCAAUGUGAGGUUUUUUUUAAUGUUGUUAAUCUUUCUCUACCUACUUUU